AUGUUAGCCUCAAGAUCCAAGCCCACAUUCGUGCUCUACGAGUACGACCCCAGCCUGCCGGCUGCAGUCAUCUUCGCCGUGCUGUUCUUCUUGACCACGGCAGUCCAUCUUUUCCAGCGAGUGCAAACCCACGCGAAGUACUUCAACCCGUUCAUUGUUGGGGGAAUCUUCCAGAUAAUCGGCUAUAUCGCGCGCGCAGCAGCGCACUUCCACCAGACCUCGACUACCCUCUAUGCCAUCCAGACCCUCCUGCUUUUGCUCGCACCAACGCUCUACGCCGCCUCAAUCUACAUGGUCUUAGCUCGGAUCAUCACCUUCGUCAACGCAGCCGAUCUGAGCGUCAUCCCUGUGAAAUGGCUGACCAAGGUCUUCGUGUCGGGCGAUAUCCUAUCGUUCCUCCUCCAAGCAGCAGGCGGCGGAAUCAUGUCCGGUGGCUCCGCGAGCGGGAUGAAGAUCGGGCAAUGGGUCAUCGUCGGCGGUCUCUGCGUGCAGCUAAUCUUUUUCGGGGCCUUCCUCCUCGCCUCCCUCACCUUCCACCGCCGCAUUGCAAGGCACCCAACCGCCGAGUCGGACAAGGCCACAGACCGCGGGCGCAGCUGCUGGCCGCGGGACUGGCGCGGCCUGCUCUUUGCGUGCUACCUCGUCAGCGGGCUCAUCCUGGUGCGGUCGGUGUACCGACUGAUCGAGUUUGCGCAGGGCAACAGCGGAUAUGUCAUCAGCCACGAGGUGUUCCUGUAUGUGCUGGAUGCAGCGAUGAUGUUACUGGUGAUGGUGGUGAUGAACCUGUUUCAUCCGUCGGUGGUGCUGCAGAGCGAGGUGCGCCAUCAUCGGGUCGGGUCGGAGGAGGUCGGGCUGCAGCUGGAGGGGCGGGGAUCGCGCGAGUCGACGUGA